CCAGUUUAAUGUUAUUUAUCAUGUUAAACAGUGUUCUUGAAUUGUUCCAAAUAAAAAUCGAUAGUUCACCGGCCUACAAUGUACAUUAGUUAAAACCCGGCCCCACAAUAUUGGCCGGCCCCGCCCCUUAGCACAAAAGCCGGCACCCCAUAUUGUGUUCGUUUGUCCUUAGCAUGUGUUAUGUACAGAGCUAGGCGAGGCUCGGCGUCUGGGAACCGCCCUGCUCUCAAAUUACAAUGGCGGAGACCGGGGCAGCUGUGGAGACCGAAAACACAGAGAAGAAUGCCGAAGAAAACGUCGAUGUACCGGCAGAAAAACCGGUCGAAGAACCGGACGCAGACACGGAAGAGAAAGUAGAGAAGGAACCCGACGCUGCAGAGUCAAAAGUGAAGGAAUUGACGGAUAAGGAGGGCAUGAACAUUAAGAAUUUAGCGUGUGAGCGAUGUAAGAGUAUUGUUCUACGUCCCGGAUUGGCAAAUGCCACACAGAAAGAGUUUUUUCUUCCACACAUGAAGGUCAAGUCGGCAAAUCAAGAGCCCAAUGAUGGAGAAACGCUCCAAGAUUUCUGGCUGGUCAAGGGCAUGUACACAUUUGAGAAUGUCGGCUUUACAAACACCGUGCAAAACAUCAAGUACCUGAUAUGUGCUGACUGCGAAGUGGGACCCAUCGGCUGUCAAGAACUUCAGAACAAAGACAAUUUUUACGUCGCGGUAGAUCGUGUUAUAUACACAUGAGAAUGCUGCAUGUUUUCAAAAGGUUUUUACGUCUACCAAGACUGUUUCUUUGCUUUGGCUGAUGACUCUUUUUUAUGUUAUUCAAUUUACAUGUUUUUGGAUGAGGCCAGACAUAUUUACUAGAAUCAGAAAUUGUUUACGCUAUUCCCCUUGAAAAUAAAUGUAUUUUUGUCUUUCAUUCCAAAAUAUCUCGCAAAACAGAACCACAAAAGUUUAGUUUUAACUGUACAUUCUACAUUUCUGGAGCAAACAAUUUGUAAUAAGUAACUCCAUGGUUGCACGCAUUCAGUAUUUUUUUUUUUUCUAAAAUGUAUCAGAGCCUGCCCUUAAUAGCACAUACUUGGCUUGUAUGACCUUCAUGGAAAAAAGUGCUUCCUGCUUACAAAUUAUUCAUCCAACACUUUGGACAGUUUAUGCAGGAACCUUCCCUAUUCCUCCAAAAAUAUAUCAUUGUACAGUAAGCUUAUUGUGCCCUCAUUGUGUUCAACUUUGAAAGGGCAUCAACCCAUGCCGUGUGAAAUAGUUCUGUACCUUUUCAGCCCGAUAGUUUUUUUAUAUUAAUGGUAGACUUUUUGGUAGUCAACUACAUGUAAACGUAUAUCCAUGCAUGCAUUUGUUUUCAGUAUUGUAGUAAAGCAUUCCAUUUUCUACACAUUAGUGUGUUUACAAUCAACAAAACUAUAUAUGGGAGUAUUAUAUUUAUGUCAAUAAUGAGCACUUGAGGUUGAGCAAAAGUAAAAGCAGUGCUGGAUUUACCUAAUAAUUAAUUGUGACAAAAACUGGUACAUCUACUUCAUGUGCCAAAAGUAGAUAUGUAAAUGACCUCAGAAAGGCUCUGGCCUUGACCCAAUUUCAAGGCUAACCAAUUUCAUCAGCGUAACUACGGAUUAUGUGCUUACAGGAUUAGAUGAAAAUGAAUUAAACUGCUGCAAACUGCUUACUGGAUUGACCUGAAAUAUACAAAUCAGCAAAAUGAGAGAGCCAAACGUUUCGGUCUUAAGCAAGACCUUGCUCAAAGUCGGGUUUAGCACAGAAUUGUUUUGCUAGCCUUUUUGGCACAAAAUGGUGAUCUGUGAUUAGGCCACAAAAAAAAAUAGUUCUGCUUCCGACUACAUGGAUUUGCAAAAAGGGUAGGUAGGUAGGGAUUUUUUUUUUUUUUGCAAAUUUUUUUUGUGUACGAUCACAGGAGGCUUCUGCGUGUAGACAAGGGUAAAAGGUAGAAAUUGAUGGUUUUGGGUGUUGUUUUCUCAUUUUUCCAAUAAAAAAAUUAGGGUAGGGGCUGUCAGAAUAGGACCACCGGAAGCAGAACUACAUUUGUAUUUUUGUUUGGCCUUAGCAGAGCCAUGAAAUUAGGCCCUGUUGCUGGUAAAUACAUGUAAUGUGGUUUUUACUCUUUUUUUACUCCAUUGAGGUAAACCGUCUCUGCAGAUGUGUGGAAGACACUUUGAAGUCGGCACAACUAUUAUCAUGUCAUGAAUAUUUAGUCGGUCCUGUUAUAGCUGAAUAGCAAGUAAAUCAUUCAUUGUAAUUAAAAUCUCCAUUCAGGCUCGUACAGUGUACAUUUGUAUACGGUUUGUUUUAUUCAGUAUUUCUUGAAUCUUUGAAUGGUCAGUGAGUACUGAAAUGAAUAAUCCUUGAUAUUUAAAAACAUUUACUGUACUGGUCAUGAUCAAUGCUUACGAUUAUGAAACUUCUGAUUUCUGAUAAAU